GAUACACGUGACACCAUCUCAAUUGACGCCUCUCACCACUUCGCGGGAAGCGGAGAGAGAUGGCUAUGGCGGGAGGAGGUGGGCAGCGAUGGUCCCUGCAGGGAAUGACGGCCCUCGUUACCGGAGGCACCAGAGGAAUCGGGCGGGCGGUUGUAGAGGAGCUAGCGACGCUCGGUGCCUCGGUUCAUACUUGUUCUCGCAACGAGGCGGAGCUUAAGAAGUGUUUGGCUGAGUGGGAAGCGUCGGGGUUUCGAGUUACGGGCUCUGUCGCCGACGUAUCUUCGCGUCCGGAAAGGGAGAAAUUGCUGGAGGAGGUCGCAAGGGCUUUUGAUGGAAAGCUCAACAUCCUUGUAAACAAUGUUGGGACAAAUAUAAGGAAGCCAACUGUGGAAUAUACAGCGGAUGAUUAUUCAUUUUUAAUGUCGACCAACUUAGAAUCUGCUUACCAUCUCUGCCAACUUGCUCAUUCGCUUUUGAAAAGGUCAGGAAAUGGAAGUAUUGUGCUUGUGUCUUCUGUUGCUGGCGUUGUUGCUCUAAAUUCUGGUUCCAUCUAUGCGGCAAGUAAAGCUGCGAUGAACCAGCUUGCAAAGAAUUUUGCUUGUGAGUGGGCAAAGGACAAUAUCCGUACCAACUCUGUUUCCCCUUGGUAUAUAGAGACAUCGCUCACUGAAAAUUUGUUGAAAAACAAGGAGUUUACUGAAGGAGUAAUCUCCCGCACUCCUUUACAACGAGUUGGAAAUCCUCGGGAGGUCUCUUCUUUGGUAGCAUUUCUUUGCUUGCCUGCUGCUUCAUACAUUACGGGUCAAGAUAUCUGUGUUGAUGGAGGUAUGACAGCAAAUGGCUUCUUUCCACGGAAGGAUUAGUUACAACAUUCUAUCCUUACAUAUUUGUGCUAAUAAAGAAAUGAAACACAGAUCCAAGAGAACCCUUUCUUACUAGGCAGGGGAUAAGCCGGAAGGUGGGGUCACAGGGGAGCGGAAAAGGGCGACCUUACCCCUUCAUGACAUGUUUUUCCAGAAGGAGUGAAGGUUCUAGCCUGGUUCAUAAUGUUUUCCACUGUUUAAUCUAUGUUAUGCUACUUAUAUAUUACCAUUCAUUUCCUAAAAUUCCUUAGAUUUCUUGUCACCAUUUCUUCCACUGUUUAAUCUAUGUUAUGCUACUUAUAUAUUACCAUUCAUUUCCUAAAAUUCCUUAGAUUUCUUGUCACCAUUUCUCAAGAUGGCGUUACAGUAAUCGCAGCACUGCUGGGAUUUCUAGCUUCCUUAUGGAACGUGGUUGGAGAAUCCAAGUUAUUCUUCUUA